AUGAAAGACGUAUGGAAGACGUCGACCCUCCAAUUUUGGACUUUGCUCGCCUCGGCGCCGUGGCCGUUAGGUUGUCCAGUUGCAGCGGAGAACCUUGAGGUUUUCCCCUUCAUGGGUUUUCUGGGGGGAGGGAUGUCUUGGCCUUGGUCGGCGCCAAAGGGGGCUGUGCAGAGCUGCCAACCAAAAAAAAAAAAGAAGCGCAUAUGCGGCUGCUUGAUGACGAAGCAACCUAAGAUCGGCCUUUGCGCAUUCCAAGAAGCAGCCAAGGCCUGUCGAGAUGAGGACGUUUACUCAGGUCUUGCCCUGUACAACCUCUCCCGUUGGCAUUCAUCAACAGUGUCACUCGAUGCUGGUGGAAACUCAUCAAAAAUGCUAAGACGGUACCUGGCAGACUGCACGUGCGGAGUGCAGAAGGCAGGUACUCCGCUAGUGGGGCCACACCUCAUCUCCCCGGGGCUGCAUAAUGCGGGCGCUACCUUUCCACCUCACUUGUGCCUUGUCGAGUUACGCCCCCAGUUGCGUUCUCCGUCCCCAAGCAGCAUCGUGCCGCUGCCUCUGCCGGCCUCUUCUCCCCCCUUCUUUCAGAAAUACAACUUGAGCCCUUCUAUUCCUAUUCUUUGCAACCUCCUUCCCUCCUUGGGUUCGUUUCCCACAUUAACCGGGCGAACAGAAACUAAACCGGAUCCGCACUGUCGCGACGAAACCUCACAUCCGUCAGCGCCAUUCGCCUCUUCCGCGACCAACCCUCGCUUUUCUUCAACACGCUCGUUUCAGUUGUGGAAACGUGACACGGAUCAACGAUCCAUUUGGGAGUCUUCUUUUGACAAUCAGCUCAGCUCAACUUUACACCGAAACCAACAAACUCGAAAAUCACCUAAACCAAACAAGAUGCGCUUCUCGAUAACACGGCCCCUAGCGGCCCUUGCGUCGAUCGCGGUCCUCGUAUCUCCCGUCUUUGGCGAACAGAAGCUGGCGUCUCAGGCGCUAAAAACAUGUCAAGCGAACUCGGGCUUCUCAGCUAGUCUGUUCAACGUCGUUUAUACUCCAGAAAGCGGCAGGGCCAAUGUCGACAUCGUCGCCGUCUCUACCAUCCAAGGCAAAAUCAUCUUCGACGUUGCCAUCUCGGCCUACGGCUACGAAAUUAUCACCGCCCAAGUCGAUCCCUGCAGCUCCGGAUUGCUGGGUUUGUGCCCUAUGACGGCCGGCAAGAUUCCUCUCAACUUCACACUGCCCGUCGACAAGAACGCUGUUGCACAGAUUCCCAGCAUUGCCUAUAACUUUCCCGAUAUCGAUGCCAAAGUACGAGUCAGGAUCAACAUGACAGAUGGAGACGAGGCCGGUCAAACAGUUGCCUGUGUUGAAGCUGAAAUUACCAACGGAAAAACCGUCGACUUGGCUGGUGUCAAAUGGGCUACGGCCAUCGUUGCCACCUUCGCCUUGACGUCAUCUGCCUUCGUUUCUGGCCUCGGUCAUCACAAUGCCGCAUCGCACGUUGCCGCCAACGCCCUCUCUCUCUUUGGUUAUUUCCAGGCCCAGGCCAUGCUUGGACUUACCGGUGUUCCUCUGCCACCUGCCGUGAUGGGAUGGACCCAGGAUUUCCAGUGGAGCAUGGGUAUUAUCAAGGUCAAUUUCAUGCAGGACAUCUUUACCUGGUAUCAGCGUGCGACUGGUGGUACUCCCUCGAUGCUAUUCGACUCUUUGGCGACAGUCUCUGUUCAAGUUCAAAAGCGUGCGCUGGACGUUGCGGAUUAUGGUGCGGAUUUGGCCAGGCGUUCGAUAUCGUAUAUGCCCAGGACCAUCUCUGAACCCAUGGAGCAGGCCAUGAAGCACGAACUCCUCAAGCGCGGAAAUAUUCAGACAGAUACCGGCAGCUAUGUCGUGUAUGGCAUUCAGCGUGCGGCUUUCCGAGCCCAUAUCGAAUCCACCAACUUGUUCAUGACGUGCUUGAUCUUCUUCUGCGUCCUCGUCGUUAUUACCAUUCUUUGCGUCGCUGGCUGGAAAGGAUACUGCGAAUUGGCCGCACAGAAGGGCUGGAUGAAGCACGACACCUUUCUCGAUUUCCGAAACGGCUGGUUCACCGUUCUUAAGGGCAUCCUCUUCAGAAUUACCCUUAUUGGCUUCCCCGCCAUGACCGUCAUGUGCAUGUGGGAGUUUACCCAAAACGAUUCGCCUGCUGAAAUGGUGCUAGCCCUCUUUUUCUUCCUGGGUAUGCUUGUCACCCUGGGCUGGGCCGCAUUCAAGGUUAUCAGAAUCGCGCGCCGCUCCGUUGUAAUGCACCAGAACCCGGCUUACAUCCUCUUCUCCGACCCUCAAGCCUUGAACAAGUGGGGUUUCCUCUACGUCCAAUUCCGAGCUUCGGCCUAUUACUUCAUCGUUCCUGUUCUCGGCUAUACUAUUCUUAAGGGUCUCUUCGUUGCUUUCGGACAAAACAACGGUACUGCCCAGGCGGUCGGUUUCCUUAUUAUCGAAGCCGCCGCUUUGAUCGCGGCUACUGUUAUGCGCCCUUGGAUGGACAGGAAGACCAACUGGUUCAACAUCGCCAUUUGCGUCAUGAACUUCAUCAACGCCAUCUUCCUACUCAUGUUCACUGAAGUCUUCAACCAGCCGCCCCUCGUCACUGGUGUUAUCGGCCUCAUCUUGUGGAUUACCAACUCCAUCUUCUCCCUGGUUUACCUGCUGAUGCUCAUCUGCUCUACCAUCUUUGUCUUCUUCCGCGAGAACCCCGAUAAUCGGUACCAGUUCAUGGCUGAUGAUAGGACAUUCUUCAUGAAGUCACAGACUCAUCUUACAACGACCACCGAGCUGGAUGCGCUUGCGGCGACCGCUCGCGGAGACAAGUCCGGGUUCAAGGGACUCGACCUCGAUGACGAUGCGGAAUCCAUGUCUUCGGAUUCGCUUCGUCGUCAAACUGAACUUCAGCCCGGUAUGCCAGCUGGUGGAGCUGGGCUACACUUCACCAAUGCUCCCCCAAAGUCUCCGGUUAACCCUGCGAUGCCGCUAUUCCCUUCGGAAGGCCGGAACACCCAAGGUCCUCAGUAUGGCGAGAAGCCAGGUAUGAACUUUGAUCCUCGAGGACCGUCACCGAGUCCGUACGGUGGCCCACAAGGCGGCAACGCCACCCUCACGCCACAGUAUAGGGCUCUCAAUAACGCAAGCCCGUGGCAACGAGGUGCCGGCUAUGAGCAUUAACGAUCGAAGUUCACUGGCAAUAUACCAUGAUCUUCGCCUCUUACGACCUUGGGAAUAAAUGGAGUUUUUGUUUUUUCGGAGCAGCCAUUUUCAUGACGGCGAUACUUUUCACUCGGAUGGCGGUAUACUUGUCGGCUGGUUUGUGGGAAGCUUCCUGCUCUGGGCAUGGAUAUUCCACCCCUCCACAAGAAGUGGGCGGGAUAGAGGAGACAAAGCAUUCAAGAAGGGAAAGUCUUUUUGUGUGCUCGUUGUACCUCCCUACCUCAAGUCAUUGUAUGCCCCCUUGCUUUUGGCCCGAGUUUAUACCACCUACUAUACUCUACCGUGUUGGAUACACGGACAAAGAGUGUUCUUUUCCUACUAUCAUUUGUCGAACGUUUUUCUGUUUCUGUUUUUAUUUCGUUUCUCUUUGUCUGUCUUCAAAUCAUGCUAGGGCAUCACAACGGCGUCUUGGGGUAGUGGACAGUAAGAGAAGGCCGGAGGAGGAAAGCAAGUCACCCCGAGAAUAUGGGAGACAGACACCACGCUACAUAGUUAGCGUUGGAACUAAGUACAUGACCGACCGGAAAGGUUGUGAUCAGAACUUCAAGCAGACAAGAAGGAUACAUACCAUAAAUACUUCGGCUUGUGGCACUUGGCUGUGAUACAUCACGGAUACCCAAACGAACUUACAAACAUCAACAUCAUUUGUGUAUAAUAUCCAAGACCAUACGCAAGGAAGGCAAAAUAAACAUUCGAGAAAGGAGUUGAGCAUAGCAUGGUUAAAGCUGGGCUGGGUGGAAAAAAAGACCAAAAUCGAAAUUUAUCAGCACGC